UAUCUCCCAACAAGGUCUGGAGGCCUGAUGUUUUAAUGUAUAACAGUGCAGAUGAACAAAUUGACACAACAUACAAGACCAACGUGGUUGUUCGUCACGAUGGUAGCUGUACUUACAUUCCUCCGGGUAUCUUCAAAAGCACGUGCAAGAUCGACAUAACAUGGUUUCCUUUUGACGACCAAAAAUGUGAGAUGAAAUUUGGUUCUUGGACCUACGACGGUGGUGCUCUUGAUCUUCAGUUGCCAAGCAACGAGGGUGAUCUAUCCAACUACAUCAGCAAUGGCGAAUGGGAUAUGAUUGGUUAGUGAAGCUCGG